AUGGCGGGCAGCGUCAAGCAAAGCAGUCCUGUGUGGCUAUAUUUCGAGAAACUAGGAAAAAAUAAAACAUUCGCUAAAUGUAAAUUAUGCCCAGGAGGUAAAAAGGUUGCAGCACGUUAUGGUAAUACCAGCAAUCUCACGCGACAUAUCGAAACUUCGCAUAAAACCGAAGCAGUACAGCUGAAAAAAGCUCUCGAAGAGAAGGCAUCGCUGAAGCGUAAAUUGAAGGAUGAAGCAGUCCCCAGCGAAUCCCCAGGAACAUCAAGUAAACAAACAAAAAUGGUGCCUUUCCUACAGGACAAAAACCAGCUUACAAUAUGUGUGGCAUAUAUGGAGCAAUCGUCAGUGAUAAAAUCAAAACUGAAGGAUUGUGUGUCCUUGGGCAUUACUCUAGAUCAUUGGACCUCAGUAGCACAAGAUGCCUACAUGGCAGUGACCGCUCACUUCUUAUCAGAUAACUUCACCAUCAGUGACUACUGCUUAAAUGUUGCACAUAUGCCUGAAUCACACACAGCAGUGAACAUAUCUGAAGCUCUACUUUCCUGCCUCGACGUAUGGAUCCCAGAUUAUAACGAAAGGACAUUGAAGAUCUAUGUUGUGACAGAUAAUGCAUCAAAUGUGCAAGCAGCUAUGAGACAACUUCCAUCUUCUAAGUUCGUUCCUCUCAAUUGCUUUGCUCAUACAUUACAACUUGCUGUGAACGAUGCAGUCAAGAAAUUCUUCGGGCUUGAAAAAGUAAUUGCGAAGGCUAAAGUUAUCACUAAACAUUUUCAUGCAAGCGCAAAGGAUACACACAGCCUUGCUGAGAAGCAGAAAUCAUUGGGUGUGCCUGUGCAUCGUCUGAAGAGUGAAUGCCCAACAAAGUGGAAUUCAUUGUAUUAUUUACUGGAGAGACUAGUCGAGCAAAGAGAAUCAGUAACCGCUGUAUUAGCUACGAACGAUAAGAUAAAUGAUCUUAAAAAAUCUGAGUGGAAGAUCGCUGCAAGUUAUGUAAGUGCCCUGAAACCAUUUGAGGAUGCAACAAACAUGAUGUCUGCGUCUAGAUAUGCUACAAGCUCAAUGAUAAUCCCAGUCCUGCACGUUUUGAAUGAGCAGAUGAAAGACGUUGAAAUGAAUGAUUUUGGAAAGCAGAUACAUGCCAACAUCAAUGCCAGAUGGCCUGAAUAUGAGAUGAAGCUUGAGUUUGCAAUACCCACAUACCUCCCAGGUUCAAGAAUUAUGGGUUCAAUGAUGACACAGCCAGAGACCGGACAGCAAAAGAAAUAG